AUGUCUGACGAGAAAGGGGUCUCUGCCCUAAUUAGCGCCAUCAGGACACUCCGAGAUCGACUACGAAAGGACAUCGACGGCUUACGACAGAUUCACAAUCGCUGGAGAGAUGGCAACCCGUCUGCGAUGAAUCUGAUUGCCCAAUUGACGGCAUUGAAAUCCAACCUCGGAAACAUCCAGGACUGGUUGAAUUGUGCCGUUCAAGAUCUGCACCCGCAGCUACUGUCCGAUUUGGAUUUACUGACGCAUUCUUGCGAAGUACUCGUACGACAUGCAGAUUGCCUAAAUGAGCGCCUUAGAUAUCCAGAUCAUGGGGCUGUCGAUUGCGCUGCAAAGAUGAAGUACAAACUUGCUAGUAGGACCAUGGACCGACUGCAGACAGUUGCCCAGCGACAAAGCGAUGCUGUGACGUUGUUGCUUGCGGCAUGCAACUGUACCGCUCAAGCACAGCGCAAAAUCCUGCUGCACAAGAGUCGCCAGAUCAGAAAGGAAGAUGCAGCAAACCUCAGAACCCUUUCACAGUCCUCAAGAUGGAAUGGUAGCUGUAUCACAGGCCUCACACAAUUGUCGCGUUUCGUCCAGUGGCUCAGAGUCAUCUUACAUAUCAAACCUUCGCGCAGUGACCUUGAAGGCGCGAUCUCACCUACUGACGAAGAAUACGAACAAUACGCAGCAGCGGACCGAUCUGAAGCGAUAGACCGCGGCGUCAACAGUGGAAAAGACCUCAUCAUGCAUCAACUAAAAGUGCUAUACGCUGAGGGUUAUUACUCCGCAGAGGAGCGCAUGAAUUACCGUUGUCAAGUCUACCAAGUUGUUUACGCGCUGAUUCACUCCAUCACCACUUUGUUGAAAGACACUGGUGUCAUACUCCCUGCUGAGCUUAAUCCAGACUUCGCUAUCUUACUGAACGAACUGGAUGCGGGCACGGAGAACUUCACACCUGAAGUUGUCAAGGCCAUUACUAGGAUCUGGUCUUGCUCCGAGUUUGCCAGGAUCUAUGUCAAGAAUUUCGAGAUCGAAUUUCCGCAGUAUGCUCCGUACUUUGCACAGGAGAUACCACGCAUCGCUGAGGAAGACUAUAUUCCCAUCGAGGCAGACAUCAUACGACUCAACCAAUCCAUGCGCGGUAUCAAGGAACUGCGCUUCAAUUGGGACGAGCUAGAUGUCCACCUAUUCAAUAUCAAAGGAUAUGUUCCCCAGCAUUUCCGCGAACGCUGGUUUCACCAAUUGGAAGGCGCUACAUCGCUCAUCUACGCAGUGGACAUGUCUCUAUACGAUAAGCCCAAUUCACAACGAGCAGGCGAAUCCCUCUUACUCAAUGAGCUAGCAGCCUUUGAAAGCUGGGUCAACGAACCAGUUUUCGCCGAAUCAUCCAUAAUACUCAUUCUUAACAACUUCAACCGCUUCAUGGGGAAGAUGCCAUACUCGCCUUUGGAAAAGGUGUUCCCAGAUUACGUAUGCAAUGAGUCUGAUCCAGAGAGUUCGGCUCGCCAGUACAUCCUCCGCCGGUUCAAAAACAUGAACCACCAGGGAUUACCCAUUUACUCGUUCUGGGUCGAUCUCGACGCUAGCGAUAACAAGCAACUGUACGAGGCGCUUAAGAUUACAAUUACGCAAAUCCAGCAGCGGAAAGGGAUAACCGAGAGAUCGUGUGCUGGUACCACAGCUACCGAAUCGAGUGUGCCGUCUAGUAACAAAAGCGUCACACAUAUUUUGAGACCAAGUAGGAGUAGAAGUUUUUCGAAACUGAAACUACAAAACGACCGACUAAGAGUUUUUGAUCCUAUGCCAGGCGAAGGCAGCAUGGGAUCGAGUACACGGUAGACGUUUAUUGGAAGAGAGAAAUAGACAGCUUGCGACUAGCCCAGUCGAUUCUCCUUGAGUUACUAUUGCGGGCGUUUCUGGAUACGGGAUACCAUUGUGCGAAUUUUAUUUUGGAACUAGAUAGAAGCGAGCACAGCGAUGAUUGAAGCAUGCACGUAGGUCGAGAGGAAAGGACUGUAGAUUUUCUUUGCAUACUAAUACAUCCACAACAUC